AUGCGCACGAUCAUCGACAUGAAGACCGUCAACGAGGCGGCCCCGGCUGCUCCCCCGACCACCAAUCGUACCACUACCACCUCUCGCGGCCUGGCUGUCCAGUCUCCGACCGCCUCUCGUCAGGCCAUUGCUUCUGCCAACGGUCGUCCUUCUCAGACCUCUACUCAGCCCGUAAGUCCAAUCUUUCAUACAUCCACACUCGUCUGUUUUCUCUGCCGCGAGCCUGUCUUCAAGGAUAUGAGGGAGGGAAAAGUUCCGGGCCAGCCACGCAGGGAAGCAGUUCGCGUCGGGCACGAGAUCUUUCGCUUGUGCCAGAAUUUACGACUGCUCCUUGAGGGCUUCACUGCCUCUCGAAUCCCGGGCAGUACCACCGGUGGCUAUUAUAUGAGAGACCUAAUCCAGAUCGAUGUCAAUUUCAGGGCUCGCGCCCCCCGCCGCAUGGCCACCAAGCAGAGCGACAACAUGCCAAGGGUCAACCAAACCGCUUCGCAGCUGGCGGUCAUGCUCAAGGAGCAGGUCCAGAUCUCCAGGGACUUGAAGAAGGAGCUCCUGGAGCUCCGUGUCAAGUAUGAGGCUGUUCAAAAAGAGCUGCAGCAAGUCAGACAGGAGUCUGAGCAGCACCACGAGGAGGCCAAGGCCAGAGCUAAGGCCAACCAUGCCUGGGACAAUGAAUGCGCUGAACGGAUGCAAGGUUGGAAUUCUGCGCAGAUUGCCUAUGAGGUGCAGCUGACUGAGAAUGCAGCUCAGGAAUGGUAG